UUUUGAAAUUAAACGGAUCUUGAGCAUAGUAAUAGAGAUCAAACCAAACAAAACGGUUUUUGAAAUUUACUUGAAUGAAGUGAUAUUCAUAUAUUGAAUCAUGGAUUGGUUACAUGUUAUUAUUGAAUGGAUUAAUUGUUUAAAUGUAUUAGAAACACCAAUUACAGAAAUACAAGAAUUACAAGAGAAACAAUUGUAUGGACAGUUAAUUAAAUCAUUGUCUUUGAGGAAGGAUAUAAAUGGAUCCAAUGAUAAAGAUAUCCUUAUCACAUUUAUUAAAGAUGAAUUUCCUGAAUUUCAAAUUAAUAAAGAUAAAGAUUAUCAAUAUCCUGAAGAUGUAUAUAUUAUAUCGUUAUUACUAUCUUAUGCAUGUCAAAAUGUUACUUAUCAUCAACCAAUGUGUACAAAGUUACAACAAGAAAUACAAAUUAAAAUCAAAUCUUUUCUUGAAAUAGUAUUACCUUAUGGAAAAUCUAUUUCUAUUGAAAUAUUAAGAGAUGCUAUCAUGGAGUUAACAGAUUCUGAGAAUAAAAAUAUAUUGAAAACACCAAAUACACGUCCUCUUAAAGAAUUUUUUAGUUCUCCAGUAAUACGUUCCGCUCAAAGUCACAGAAUAUUAAACGAAAGAAAUCAUGAAUUAAGACUUUUAAAAUCAGAAUUAGAAGUGGAGAGGUUUGAAAAAGCAGAUCUUCAAGAAGAUUUAAAAAUUGAGCAAAACAAAGUACAGAGUUUAUUGAAACAAUUAGAAGAAAAAUCUGUAGAAAUAAAAAAUUUAAAAGAAGAAAAAAUAAAAUUUGUAUCUCCACGAUCUUGUAAAAAAGGGAAGAAUACAUUGUACAAUGAAGAUUAUUAUAAACGAGAAAUAAAUAAAUUGGAAAAUCAAUUGAUCCAAUAUCAAGAUAGUAUUAUAAAGUUAGAAGACCAUAAAACUACUAUUGCAGAAAAAUUAACAUUUGUAGAGAAAAAAAAUGUAAGUCUUAAUGACAAAUGUAAUGACUUAGAAAGAUUCAUAGAAGUAUUAACAACAGAGAUGGAGUCGAAAAACAAAGAAAUAAUAGAUCUUAAAAUUAGUAAUGAAGAUUUACGUACACAUUUAAGAAAAUUAAAUGGAACAUCAGUAGAAGACAGUUUUGAAAUCGAUGGUAUUGUAUCAGAAAAUUCUUUUUUGAUGCCUUUAAAUACAAGUGAAACUUUAAGUUCUGUGAUUGACAUUCAACUUCAAGAAGCAAAAAAUGAAAAUAUUUUAUUAAAGACACAACUUAAUCAGUUAAAGGAUAAAUUCGAAAUGACUUCGAAAGAACAUGAAAAUUCUAUGCAGUUAAUUUCAACUUUGCAAAAUGAAGUGAAAAUGUUAAAUGAUAUACAAAUAGAAUUAAGUAAUGCUCAAAAAAAGAUAUUGUCUUUAGAGGAAAAUAACAAAGCUUUGCAAGAUUAUAAAAUAUUACUUAAUAAUCAAUGUAAGAGUUUAGAAGAUUUAUUAGUACAUAAAGACGAACUUCUACUGCAAGGUGACAAAUAUGAAAAAGAAUUACAUGAAAAAAUAGAAAAUUUGAACAAAGCAUUACAUGUUGAAACUGUAAAAUCUUCUGAUUUAAAAACUGCUCUAGUCCAAGUAGAAUGCCUUGCAAAAGAACAUGACAAUAUUUUAAAAUUGAUUGAAUCUAAGGAUACUGAAAUAAGUACUUUACAUUUGAAUAUAAAAAACUUAAAUGUGGAAAAAGAUCGUUUAAUCCACAUACAGAAAGAAAGUGAUAAUAAGACAAAAGAAUCUAUUAUAAAAUUAGAAACGCAAUUAUUAAAUAAACAACAUUUAUUAGAACAAUUGAAUAUAGAAAUAAAAUUAAAAGAUGAAACAAUAAUGAUAUUACGAUCGCAAGUAGAUAAAUUGUCUAAAGAAACAAUUGCAUCAGAAAUGAAAAUGAAAGAAAUUAUUAUAAAUAUUCAUAAAGUAAAAUCUAUUCAGGAUAAUGUAUUAACGAAACAAGAAAAAGCUUUAAAAGAAAAAUUCCUACAAUUAGAACACAUGCUAACUCAGCUUAAUCAGGCAAAAGAAAUGCUUUGUUUACAGUUUGAAAAUGAAAAAUCAUUAAAAAUUAAUUUAGAAUGUAAACUUACUAACAAAGAUAUUAUAAUUACUGAUUUAGAGAAUGAUAUUAGUGAAUUGCAAGAGUCUCUUAAAGUAAAAACUGAUGAACUUAAUACAUAUAAAGAAUGUCAUAGUACUGCAAAUAAAAAAAAUAAAGAAAUUGUGAAAACGUGCAAAGAAUUAAAAGAUUAUAUUACAAAAUUGAAGUCUACAUCUUCACAACUUUCAGAUUAUACACAUGCAUAUGACAAUAUUGUAGAGAAUAUAUCAAAUACUUCACAGAUAAAUGAUGAUGAUGAAUUCAAUAUUAUAUCAGAUAUAAUGCUCUUUGCUAUAGAUGAUAUCAAAGCAAUUAAAGAAAACGUAUUAUGUUUUUCUACAAAAAAUAAAAAUUUAGAAAAAAUCAUAAAUGAUCAAAACAAGAUUAUAAAUGAAAAUGCAGAAGUUCAAAAUGAAAAUACAAUAUUGAAGCAGAAGGUACGAGAUUUUGAAAUGUUAGAACAAAAUUGUAAGAGUUAUAUUCAAAAUAGCAUUAAAGAAAAGGAAAAACUACAAGAGAUUAUAUCAAAAGUUGUUUUAUCAUUGGGAAAUUCGAAUGACUCAUUUAUUUCUUUAAAACAAAAAUGGAAUGAAGCAUUAAAUGAAUUUAAUAAUUUAUCUAUCAUUAACAAUCUUAAAUGUCAGGAUAUAGAACAAUUACAAACAAAAAAGAAAACUCUCCAAAAAAUGUUUAAUGAAUAUGAUAUUAAUCAUUUUCAAACUAUUAAAUCUGUAGUUGACAUUUUAUGGAAAAAAAUUUAUAAUAUGGAGCAAAAAUUAAUGGACACUUAUUUACAAUGUUUAAAUGAUAAUAAAAAAAAUUUUACCAUUGAAUGUAAUAUAGAAGAAAAUUAUGUUAAAGAGGAAGAAAUAAUGAAAGAAUUAGAAAACAUUGGCAAUAUGUGCAAUGAUAUUACUAAAACUGAAAAAGAGUUAGAAGUUUUUAUGCAUUCAAUUAAUUCGUAUAAAAAAGAUUGUGUAGCUAGUCAAGUUAAACAACAAAUUGGUAGUGAAAAAAAACUGCAAUUACAAAUUGAUCAAUUAACAAAAGAAAAAAAAGAAAUGAAGAAUAAAUUAGAUAUAAUGAGAGUAAGAAAUGCAAAAUUAGAAAGAACUUUGGAAGAACUUAGAAUUGAAAAUAAGAAGAAUAAAGAAGAAACACAUCAUAAAUCUCAACUGAGUAAUUUAGAUGAUUUGAAGAAGCAAAUUACACAGUUAAAGCAAGAUAAUUUAUUGUUACAAGAAGAAAGAGAUAAAUUACAUGAAGAGUUACAAGAGUAUGCUAAAAAGAAAAUGUCUGAAAUUCAAUUAAAGGAGAUUCAUAGUAAAUAUGAAAUGAAAUUAGAAGAAAUGAAGCAACAAAUGAAAAUAGCUUAUAAUGAGCAAGUAAUGAAAUUAAACAAAGAACAAGAAAAAGCUAUAGAAGGAAAAGUAGAACAAUUACAGUCAAAAUUGGAACAGCAAUGUCAGAAGCAUAAAGAGGAAAUAACUAUAUAUAAAACACAUGUCAAUGAAUUAAAUUCACAGUUUUGGAAUGUUGGAGAAAGAUUAUUAACUGCACAGCAAGAAAAACACGAAGUUCUACAACAAUUGAACGAACUUAAGGUUAAAUUACAGAAUCAAAUAGAACAAAGAACCACAAACUUUUCUAUACAUCAUAGAACUAUUAAAUUAGAAAAACAAGAAAUUCCUUCAGAAAAUAGUAUGCAAGAGAAAUCACAUAUAGUUACAAAAGUAUUGACAGAAGAGAAUACAUAUGAAAAACAAAAUAGUGCGAGAAAUAUGCAUGCUAUGGUCAAUGCCUUUAAUGCAGAGGAUGAAGAAGGAGAAGUUUUUGAUAAUAUUUACUUAGCGGAUAUGAAAGAAGGUCAUGGUUUUCCUACAGUAGACUUUGAUCGUCUAUCUGCAUUACAAAUGAGAAAUUCCCUUUGCAAACCACAUUUGAAAUCAUCUUAUCCAGCUGAAACACAAUUUCAACCAUUAUUUUUUACUGAAGAAGAAAUAAAAACGGGUUCAGUUUCAGAAGAUGUAUUUAAUGAUAGUCUCAGUCAAAGCCUCCUUCCUGAACAAAAAACUAAAAGAAAAGAUAGAACACAAACGUCCUAUAAAAAACCAGGUCCUCCAACACCUAGCAAAAAUGGAGGCAGAUUAUCUUUACAUGGUAAUGAAUUAAGAAGCCCAAAUUCAAGAAUUUUGAAAGAACGAAAUGCUGAUAGAAGGGCAACAGCAACACCGCGUCGAAGUAAAGGAAUAUUUAAUCUAAGACGUCAAGAUGAGAAUUUUUCAGGUACGCCUAGAACACGAAAAUUAAGUAAUAUGUUUCGGAAGCAACGUACAACUUUGGAUUAAUAAUAAUGGACGCAAAUGUAAAAAAGAAGAUACUUUUUAAGAUAGCUGAAACGGGCAAGAAUGAAAAUCAAGUAAGACAAAUGUACACAUUCCGUAUAUUUUGUAUUUUCUUUUUUGUUUUCUUUUUUUACAAUGAUGUACAAAAUAUGUGAAUAGAUUAAUAUAAUAUAAGUAGAAUGAUAAUAAUCGUAUACACUAUUGAUAAAUUUGUCAUUAAUAUUGGAAAAACUUAUUUAGACAAAUCAUUAAAUACUUUGGCAAUAACAAGGAUAGAUUUAAGUUUUUUAUCAAAUAUAACAUAAUGAUUUUUAUAUAAUGUCAUAUGAACGAAAUUUAUAUUAUAGAAAAGUCAGUCAGUAUUUAGAAAUCGUAUAACAAAAAUUAUUAACGAUUUUUUUUAAAGAGAUACAUAGUUUGUUAACUACUUGCAUUUAAAAAGGGUCCCCAUGUAUAGCAUGCCCUCAUGCGUGUAUACAUACAUAUGUAUGUUGUUUCGAAUUUAUAUAUUGAUGUAUUAUAUUUUUUAAUUCAUCCGCUUAUUCUGAAUCAGAUUCCUGUAUAGUAAAUAAUUACAGUACGUCAAAAUCUUAAAUAUCAAAAUUAUUUUAACUAAUAAUAUAUCUUGUAAAGAAAUAUACUGUAUGUCAAAUAGUCUUAUAUAAUAUAUUAAAUAAUUCAUAUAAUUAUUUUUUUAAAGAAAAAUAAUAAAUUAAAACGCACAUAAGACUAUAAACAUAAGUUUAAGUAUCGCCAGAGUAUAUGUGUAAAUACAUCUUCUUAUGGAGUCAAUGGCAUAAUAAUAUAAAUAAUAAACAAAUAAAAUUGCAAUAUAUUAAAAUUAUGAACAUAUUUUGUACUUACCAUAUAUUGACCUUCAAUAUAUCGACCCGAAUUUCUAGAUGUUCUACGUAAUUCUCUUGGUUCGGAAUGCUCUUGAUUUCGCCUCCUUUUAAAAAAAUAAAGAAAAAAAGAAAGUUGAAAAUAAAUUAUAAUUUUUAAAUCAUUUAAAGAAUAUUUAUAUAAUAUUUACUCACGGCCUCGAUUGUAUUUGCAAAGUUUUAAGACGAGUAUCUAUAUCCUGUGAAGGACUUGUCGAUACGUCUUCUGCCAUGGAUGCUGGAGACGUUUGUACUAAUCCUGAUUCUGUUGUCUCAUAAUAUGUAUUUGAUUUAGAACCACGUGUUAUCGAAAUUUUUGUAACUGGUAAUCUGAAAGUAUAUAAUACAAAUUAAUACAAAUUUAAUAAUUGAAAUAAAAAAUUAAUAUUAUAUAUUGUUAUAUAUCAUUUAUAUUACAAAAUGAUUGACGAACAUACAUCGUUCAUAUUUACUUUUAUUGCAAAAAAUGUGAACAAAUUUUACUUACUGACUUUUCCGUGGACCACGUUUUUUCUUGUGUUUGCUGAAAGAUAAUUCAUAAUGAUCAAAAUAGAUUAUGCUUAUAUAAUAUUGGAAUAAAGGGACAAAAAUUUAAUAUUGAUAUUAUUGAUAAAUGCAUUAUUAAAUAUUUUCUAUUUAAUAGUAAAACAGAUCUACGUAAAUUUUAUAUUAUCUAUAUGUAUAUGUAUAUAUAUGUAUGUGUGU